UGGCUCAAAGUGCACGCUGCUGCCAUCACGGUUGAGCGUCCCUUCAGCGUGUGUUACAAGGAGGUUUUACCUGCAGUUGUGCAUAAUGAAAAUGGCGAGCUGGUGUGUACGAGCAGUGAGACAGAGCUACUCUCUCGUAGCCUCGCCUGCGCUAUCAAGAGCAUCUCCGCGAUUGUUAUGUACUGCCACCCAGCAGAAUAAUGGCCACAGGUCAGAGGAGGAGGCUGAAAAGCCAGAGCAGAGCGCAGCAGAAAAAGGCCUAAUGGAGGAGAAGAGCCAGCUGGAGGAGCAGCUUAAGGAGAUGACAGAAAAGUACAAGCGGGCCUUAGCAGACACAGAGAACCUCAGGACGAGGAGUCAGAAGAUGAUAGAAGAUGCUAAAAUAUAUGGAAUCCAGGGCUUCUGUAAGGACCUGCUGGAGGUUGCCGACAUCCUGGAAAAGGCCACAGAGAGCGUGCCCAAGGAGGAGGUAACGAACCAAAACCCUCACCUGAAGAACCUGUACGAUGGCCUAGUGAUGACUGAGAUCCAGAUCCAGAAGGUAUUCACAAAGCACGGCCUGGUGAAGCUCAACCCUGACGGCCAGAAGUUCGACCCCUACGAGCAUGAGGCUCUCUUCCACGCCCCAGUGGAGGGCAAGGAGCCUGGCAGCGUCGCUGUAGUAACCAAAGUGGGCUACAAGCUCCAUGGACGCACCCUCAGACCUGCAUUAGUGGGCGUAGCCAAAGCCCCCUAGAAAUAAUGACGUAGCUGUGACAAAGUGGGAUUUGUUUUGGUGGCUGGGCAGUGGAUGACUUCAGGUUCAGCAGACAAGCGUAGGCAGACUGACACCCUUCUGCCACCCUAAGGUACCUCAAAGAGGACGGGGACCCAACUGAACUGAACUUUGUAUCUGGACCAGUUUUUAACAGAUACAUCUGACUUUGUCUUGCUUUAUAUUAAUAUUUUGGUUUGUCAUCAGUCAUGUGAGUCAGUUACUGUCUGAGGCUUACCUAUCUCCUCACACAACCAUCCAUCUUAACUGGAAGAGAAGCAGGUCAAACAUGAUAUUUCACCAAAAGUUCAACAGAAAAUCAUAAACCCCCGAGGUUUCAAGACUCCUUUUGGUGAGCUAUAAUGUAAAAUCCAUCCACACAUUGAGUAGUGCUGAUCCUGAACUGGUAUCAUUCCGGACUUUUCUUUAAGGCCCCUUGACUCCUCACUUGUAUUUUUCUUUGAGUUUUAAAUUCAGUCUGUGAGAAGAAGUAAGGGACAGGACCUGAUGGUUUAAAACAAAGCUCUGCAAUGUUACUAUGUACUGAGGUGGGCUUCCCAGUCUUGAUGGCAAAGACAUCUUUCUAUAGUUCCUUUGAUUGUGAUCAAGCUCUGGUAAGCCAGCCUCAGUUAUUGUGAUGUCCAUAUGUUAAAAGUCAAAGAUUUUACAGCUUAAUCUGUAAACCAUCAGAAUAAUUAUAUGUAUGGAGUAUUGUCUGAGCUGUCACAGUAUCAGAAUAAACUGAUCAAGUUUGAAUGACA